AUGUCCAAUAAAUUCCAUUGUGACGUUUGUUCGUCUGACUGUACAAAUAGAGUAAGAAUUACAUGUGCUGUUUGUCCAGAAUAUGAUUUAUGUGUACCGUGUUUUGCUCAAGGUUCUUAUAAUGGAAAUCACAGACCAUACCAUGAUUAUCGGAUCAUUGAAACCAAUUCAUAUCCUAUCCUAGUGGAAGAUUGGGGCGCCGAUGAGGAAUUACAAUUAGUCAAAGGUGCACAAACCUUAGGGUUAGGUAAUUGGCAAGAUAUUGCAGAUCAUAUUGGAUCUCGAGAUAAAGAAGAAGUCAAGGAUCACUAUAUUAAAUACUAUAUUGAAUCACCUUACUAUCCCAUUCCUGACAUAACAAAAACUAUCAAUGUUUCACAAGAUAAAUUUUUGGAAGAAAGAAAAAAGAGAAUUGAAGCCUUUCGAGAGAAACCAUUGGAGCCACCCAGGAAACCUAUGGCCUCUGUACCAAGUUGUCAUGAAAUUCAGGGGUUUAUGCCAGGUAGAUUAGAAUUUGAGACUGAAUUUGAAAAUGAUGCAGAGGGUCUAGUGAAAGAUAUGGUGUUUGAUCCAGAUGAUCAACCUUUAGAUAUCGAGUUAAAAUUGACUAUAUUGGAUAUUUAUAAUUCGAGGUUAACUACCCGUGCAGAAAAGAAAAGAUUAUUAUUUGAGAAUGGGUUAAUGGAAUAUAGAAAAUUACAAGCAAUUGAUAAAAAAAGAAGUAAAGAGGCUAAGGAAUUGUUUAAUAGAAUUAAACCCUUUUCUAAAUUGAUGACAGCCAAGGAUUUUGACGAUUUUCAAAAGGAUAUAUUGGAAGAAUUGGACUGUAGAUCUAAAAUCCAAGUAUUACAAGAAUGGAGAGCAAAUGGUAUUACGACAAAAGAAGAUGGUUCAAAAUAUGAACGUGAUAAGCAAGCAAGAAUAGUAGCGUUGGGAAAACUUGGAAAUUCAGAUUCACAUACAUCGUUAGCUAAUGGUAUAGUAAAUAGACAUAGAACUGUUACGGCCACAUCAACACCUACCGGAACUACUCCAUCACCAGCAUCAAAAGGGUUGGUAAAAGACCAUUCAUCUAGUAAUAAUGAGGCAAGUGGAAAAAGGAGAACAAUGACUGUAAACGAUAUUCAGCAUGGUUCAGAUUAUGGAUUAUUAUCUCCCGAAGAGCAACAACUAUGUGUACAAUUGAAAAUGUACCCUAAACCGUAUCUUGCAAUUAAAGAAGUCAUGUUUAGAGAGUUACUGCGGUCGGGUGGGAAGAUGCAAAGAAAUGAAUGUAAAGAGUUAUUAAAUAUUGAUCCAUUGAAAGCAAGUAAAGUUUAUGAUUUCUUUCUUCAGCAAAGUUGGAUGUAA